GAACCAAGCAUGUCUUGACUAUUGAUUAUCUGUUUACAAAACCAGCAGCAUAUUUAUAUAUUUAUUUAUUCAUUCAUUUAUUUAUUUAUUUGUGAUGACCACUUUUGUCAUCAAGGGUCUGAGAGCUUUGCACUGGGGCUUUGUGUCUCCUCAUGUUGCUGGUACUCGUAGGCUAGUGCUCAAGAAUAGGAUCAUGCCCCCUUGCCUCACUACCCACAAAAAAAAAAAAAGGCUGAGUGGGACAAUGACCAACUAUUUUUUGAGUCAUCCAGUAUGUAUUGGUGCGUUUACGAAAAGGCAUUGCAAUGCAGGUACUUUAUUUUAUGCCAGAAAUAAAAUUGAAUAGAUAAUGUCUACACAAUGGAUGCUGAGUACCAUUAGCUCGAUACGUUUACAUUUUUAAAAAUAUCGAUCAGUUUUGUUUUCUUUUUUUUUUCUUUCAAUUGUGGGUCCCUACUUGGUCAUGGAACUGACGCACUGAGCUCCCCUCGCGCCAUGGUUGCUACGCCACUGCGUGAUAAAACAAUGUAGGCCUACUGUUUCCGGGGUUUGUUUAUAAUUUUAGCUUCGAUUGAAUCGACCACUAGGCACAACAGAAUAACAAAAGAAUGAUCAAAGUAUGACCCCUACGUCACACAAUCAAAGCUCCACGCUAGCCUAAUACAUAGCCAAGAUUAGACUAAUGCGCUCAUUUCAUAGUCUGCUGUCUGCAUAAGUUUGGCCACUGACAUCUCUCUCUCUCUCUCUCUCUCUCUCUCUGUUUUAGUUUCAUUACAUUUUUAUUUUAUUACUUAUUUUUGUUUUUUCAGUGUCUGUUCUCCAUGGUCUUAAUGUCGUUCAUAAUGAACGUGUUUUAUUUUUGUCCGCCUAAUUACGAGUGUUUGGGCAAAGUAAUGAAUAUUUUAACAGUUUCUUCUAUUUUACUUUCCUAACUCAAAGUAACAGUGUUCGUGGCCAGCUAGCUAUUUAAAACAACAAUCAAAUAGCUAGAUAACAAUAGACGAUAGUUUAUGAAUGUAUAAUGAGCGUGCUGCAGUGUCAAACCCGUGACGUUGUUCUGUGUAGUUUCUCUCUCUCUCUCUCUGUGAAACAUCAAAUCAACAACAAUCAUUAUGUCCUUGACUGCAGUGACCCCAGUCAAAGAGACGGGAGUGUCCGUUGAAGUUUUGGUCGGAUCAUCUUUGGAGCAUUCUAAGUCAUUAGUGCUACCUGCCCUAGUUUCUUAAGUGACGUUGUUAUUCCAGUUGACGGACAUUAUUCUUGGACGUAACUUAUAAUGACCGGCUUUCUUUGAAGUCUGUGACAUGAAUAGUGCCUACUGACAUGCGUUGUUAGUCUGAAAUCGCAGGAAGCUGAGUCUCACGUUGGGUUGGGCUCAGCAGCUGCCCACUUGGCGCAGUCAUGAGACUGUCCUUGCGCCGCGGGUUACGCAUCUUGCUGGUGACGGCCAUGGUGGGGUUUGUGCUGCUGAACUUGCAUGUCCUUUACAACACUCCAGACUCAACCUCCAGUGAUAGGUCCAAGACCACAGGAAGUCUAUCUCAGAAUGGUGGCACUGACACUCAUGUCCAGUACACCACCGGUCAGUCCUCAGCAACGCCUAAGCUUAGCCUGCUAAUCACACCAAAGCCAGCCAACUCAUCCUCCAACUCUACAGUCAAUGCUAAACAAAGAUAUCACCGCAAUAUUACUGUCAAUGACACAGAAGCCUUAAAGUAUGAGAUAGCCCGCAUCAACGCAGAGCAGUAUGUUCAUAACCUGGACAAGUUUGGUUUGAGCUUGGGUUCCCAGAGUCUAGUCAUUGUAAUACAAACCCACGACAGGCCGGAAUAUCUGAAGAUUUUAUUGGACUCACUUAGGAAAGUCAAGGAUGUCGAGAAGAGUCUUCUCAUAGUUAGCCACGAUGUUUAUUCUAGUCAGUUGAAUGAACUCAUUGAGGCUAUUGAUUAUUGUCCUGUCAUGCAAAUAUUUUUCCCAUUUUCCCAACAAAUUUACAGCACAGAAUUUCCUGGACAACAUGCUAAUGAUUGUCCCAGAAAUGCUAAAAAGGAUGAAGCGCUUGCUUCCAAAUGUAAUAAUGCUGAACAUCCAGAUAAAUAUGGUCAUUACAGAGAAGCCAAAUAUUGUCAGGCUAAACACCACUGGAUAUGGAAGCUUCAGCAUAUAUUUGAAGGCCUUCACUUACUCAAAGAUUAUGAAGGGAAUGUUAUGUUGUUAGAAGAUGAUUAUUACUUGUCAGAAGACAUUAUUUUCUCUACUCACAUGUUGAGGGGACUGAAAGAAAGAGAGUGUCCAGAGUGUCGUAUGCUGGUCUUGGGAAACUAUGACAAGAAUCAAAACUAUGCCAUUAAUGGAGCCAAAGUUGAAAGAGCUUUCUGGAUUUCUUCCAAGCACAACAUGGGAAUGACAUUCAACAAGUCUGUUUGGCUGGAGAUUAAAAAGUGUUCUGAUGAUUUUUGUACAUUUGAUGAUUACAACUGGGACUGGACCUUACAACAUCUCAGCAUGAAGUGUAUACCUGAUAAAAUCAAACUGCUUGUCAUGAAAGCUUCUAGAAUUUUUCAUGUUGGUGAAUGUGGGAUGCACAAAAAAUCUAAAAACUGUGACCCAGAUUCGGUGGUGAAACAAGUGGAAGCCAGAUUGACAGAGAAUCGUCAGCACUUAUAUCCAAAUUUGGUUUCCUUAGCUGGAGAUUCCAGGUUUAAAUUAAGGGACCCUAAGCCCAAUGGAGGUUGGGGGGACAUCAGGGACCAUAAUUUGUGUAAACAGUAUUUGAAUGGAAGCAGGACAAGAUAAUGUAGUCAUGUCCAUUUGUAAAUAGGCUAUUGUUUUAGUAAGUUGUGUUUUUUUAGACAGAGAGUAAUGUUUGAGGCUACAAGUAUGUUAUUGAAUGAUCAUGUCAUAGUUUUGAGUGUUUGUGAAUGGAGAUACCAAUACAUUGAAAAUAAAAAUAAAUCCUUUCUGUUACUCUCUUUCAUUGAAAUAUGUAAUAUAAAAGUUCUUCUUAACCUAUGUAAAGGUCUAGCAGUUUAAGUUACAGUCAUGAAUAUAGAGUUCAAUUUUAUUUCUUUACAUAUGGAUAUUGAGAAUCAGGGAUUUAAACUUAGAACUAUCAGCUUUUCAAAAGUGCUUCAGAUCACCUAGCACCAAAUGGAAGCAAGUUUGAAUUAUUGUGAUGGACACACAACAACCCUUUUUAUUUGUUGACCAACAAACUGAGUGAGCUUCAUUUGAAGUGUCACAUGAAACUUAAGAACUUAAGGAUAUUAACUGGCAUAAAUGUUGUUUUGUUACUCUAGCUUGUAUCUCUUCUUUGAAUGUUAUUUAGAUGUUGUGUGUUGAUGUCCCUGGUCACGUACAAGUUAAGGCAAUGCAAAGUGUUGCUUCACAUCUGUAUUUUUCUUAACAUUUAAGCUCUUAGUGCUCUAGGAGGUCAGCCAUAUUUGUUGUUAGUAAUAUAGACAAAUGUGAUAUUGCCUAGUUGAUUGUGAAUGAAUGUUGGGUGUGAGUUUGUACUAAUUCUUAUAAGCAUAUAGCACAGAGGUCACAUAUCAUUUUAUUUUAUUACAUAUUUGUCAAGAUCUAUCUGAAUGCUUACAAAUGAACAUUAAAAAAUCAUGAAUAAUUUAUUUUUCUAUUUAUAUAUAUACAUGUUAAAGAAGAAGAAUUAUUUAUGAUGUAUAUUUUUCAAUGUUUUUCUUUUUCUUGAUUGUGAGGUAUAGCUGUGAUAUAUUUUAAGCCACAUAUUUUUUUUUUUUCAUUUUAAAACUAUAAGAAAUACAUUUGAAAAAAUCAGAUAACAUUGAAAAUUGUUUUAAAUAUAAGUACUAGUUUAAAUCCCACACUCAGAACUCUGGAAACACUGAAAGACAUGGAUAGUUAUCAUACCCCACACUCAUAACUCAAGAUAUGGAUAGUUUCAUACCCCACACUCAUAACUCAAGACAUGGAUAGUUAUGAACACCCAAACUCAAGAUAUGGAUAGUUUUAUACUCCACACUCAUAACUCUAGACAUGGAUAGUUUAUUACCCCACACUCAAGUCAAGACAUGGAUAGUUAUACCCCACACUCAUAACUCAAGAUAUGGAUAGUUUCAUACCCCACACUCAUAACUCAAGACAUGGAUAGUUAUGAACACCCAAACUCAAGAUAUGGAUAGUUUUAUACUCCACACUCAUAACUCAAGAUAUGGAUAGGUUCAUUCCCCACACUCAUAACUCAAGAUAUGGAUAGGUUCAUUCCCCACACUCAUAACUCAAGACAUUGAUAGUUUAUUACUCCACACUCAACUCAAGACAUGGAUAGUUUCAUACCCCACACUCAUAACUCUUAAAAAAACAAUAAUUUUCACAUCCCCACUGAAAACCAUGUUAAAACUUACAGACCCAUGUUAAAAAUACCAACGUUUUGAUAUUGAUCAUUGUCUAUUAUUUAAAGCUGAGCACAUUAAGCUAUUAGAUAACAUUAAAUGAUGAUAUGAGACUCUAAAUGACUGUAGUAUGUUAUCAUCAUAGUAGAUAAGUUACCAUUAUUAUUGUUCUAUGGUGGUAAUUUUGACUAAUAGGGAGAAUCCUUUGGUUCUCAUUGGUUCUUGUUUUUAGUGCAAAUUGUCAGAAAUACUUGCUAUUAUGUUGUAAUGACAGGUAGAUUUUUUUGUGUGUUUUGACAGAAUUAAAUGUUUUUGUUUUUUCUCCAAAAUGUUUUUUUGUAUGUGUGUGUGUGUACUUCAACAACAACAAAACAUGUUUGGAUCAUUUUCUUGAGUGUUUCUGUGAUAACGUUUUGGGAACAUGUACCACUAGGCUUAGACUGUAGGAGCUACUAGGCUUAGUUCUGAUUGUACUUGACUGGAAUAUAUCACUUGUGUUUGUAUUAUUUGGGCAUAAACCUAUGUACCUUUACAAAGUAUUAAAUUCUAAUCAAUGUUGUCAGUUGAACAAUGUAUUGUAGAUUUGGUUGUUGUGUUUUGAAAUGUAGUCAUUUCAUUUGUAUAGAAAUACAUUUUUUGGAAGUGAAAGCGUAUUGAAAAUGUAAUUGUAAUGCUUACAUAAUAUACAUUACCUUUUUUUUUUGUCUGCUUAACAUUUUAUAAAUAAGUUGGGAAUAAUCAAACAGUUAGUUUUUUUUCUAUUUUUAGCAUGCCUUUAAGAUUUUUUUAAAACCCUUCAGACUUUAGAAGAUCAUUAUUACCAGCAGUUUAACUUUACAAAAGACUUUUUUAAAAAGUUUAUUGUUUUUUCCCUUUCGAAUCUACUGACACUUGUUUAUAAGGUACUUUUUGAAAAUAGAUUUUUGCUUCUGUUGCAUGGUUUUCACUUUAUGCAUGCCUUUCUGAAAUUACUAUUUAAUAGUCGUUAUUGAUAUCAGAUAAGUUUUUGUUUGAUAAAAUGAAGCUCUCAUCAAACUAUUAUGCCAAGUUUUUUUUUUACAUGGUUUCAGACUUUGAUAUUUUCCUCAUGACUCUCUUGUUGAAUGGAAUCACAUCUUCUUGUUCUAUGCCUAGGUAUUAACAGUGAAUAUUGUUGACAAUAUGAUUUCAUGCUUGAAGUGAAAGAAAAUUUACUUUUGCUAUAAAAAGCUGUGGAUGCAUGAAAAUAUUUGUGAAUAAAAGAAUGUCUUAACUCUUGAUCGUAUUCAUUUCAAAGCUUUAAUCUAAUUGUUAAAAGUGAAUCAAAACUUUCUGACUAGUUGAUGUUUUUUUUAAUUUUCCUUAAUUGAUAAGGAAAUAUCUUUUAUCUCACUUUAUGUUUUGACAAUUUCUUUUGUUCAAUAUUUCAUAAAUGUCAUCUGUCAAAUAUUGUUUGUAGACAUCAUUUUUUGUUUUUGUAUCAAUUGAACUUUUGGGAUUGUAAUUUUUGUUAAAUGAAAACUAUAGUCUACUUCUACUGGCAGUCAUGCUAAAGCUGCCACCUUAACCCCUAUGUUAUGAUAUAUUUUGCUACCUCAAAAGUUAUAGAUAACUAAUAUUUUCCAUGAGUAGACUGUACAUUAGUCCUAUGUUACCUCCCAUCUACAUUAAUUGUCAGAAAAAAAUGACUUAUAUAGAGUGGCAACUGAAAAUUAAGUAAAAGGCACUGAAUUAUUCUUUUUACAGAAAUAAAAUUUUGUUACCUAUGAAAUCAAUAAGAAAUAUCAAUAUUAGAUUAACUAAUUUUAACAAAUCUAUUAGUAAUUUUUCAAACAUAAAUAGAAAUUUGAUAAUUUCAUUGUUUCUUUAUUGCUUUGCUAAAUCAUUUAUUGACAUCAUUUUUUUUUCUCUUUAUCUUAACCGAAACCUCAAAAUCAUUAAUUGCACUCUUUUCUUCCAUCAACUUUUUGGUGACACCAGAAAUAGGUAAACUAUGAUAUGUUGCCUUUGUCUUCUCAAUUUUAUGAUAUUAUGUCUGUUAGUUAUUUUUUCUAAAAGUUUUUUUGCUUAAUAAUUAGUGAAAUUUCUAGUAAUUGAUUUGAAACCAGACUUUCCACAUACCAUUUUUGUACAAAACUAGCAUUUUUACUAACAUAACUUUUUUUUUUUUUUUUGGGUUAGUCUGGAGUGUUUUUUGCUUGUUUUUUAUUCCAGUACUAGAACAAGUUCAUUUUUGAAAAUAAUAAUAAGAGAUUUGUAAAAAAAAAUGUCACAUUCUUUUUCUUUUUUAAUUUAUAUUAUCCGUGUCAUAAACUUUUGUUUUAGUCAAAUUCUAAAGGUAUUUUCAUAUAUUGGAAUCAAGUAAGAUAAAACAAAGAAAUGCUUUUGUUUAUACAGUGGAGUCCCAAUAAUCCCAGCUUUGUUUAUUGGAAACUGGUUAUUUAGAAAUAAAAAACUAAGAAAGAACAUUGAAUAAGUGUAUUAUGUACUAAAAAAUACAGUAUGUUUCAAAGAUAGUGUAAUGACAAAAACAGAACAAUGUACUAUGUGUUUCUAAACUUUAUUAGUGUAAAAUUAUUUUUUAGUGUUUUACUGUACACGCUACAUGGCUGCUACUGUAUGAUGCUAGCAUUUUAAAAUCUGAUACAGUAAUCUAGAAAAUUACUUUGACUAGUGUGUAUGGAACAUUUGCCUCUCUUAUCACCCACUUCAUGCACAGAAUCGGUUAGAGAGAUGAUUUAAAAUAAAAUGCUUAUCACUAUACCCUAUACUAGUUUUAUGUAAUUACACAUUAUUAAUUAUGUUAUUUUAGUAAUAAUUUCACUUAAUCCUUAUUUUCAAUCCGAAAUAGGUCCAGUCCUAAUCAUUUUGGACCAGUAUAGAUCGCAAAGUCUGACAUUUGCUGUCUAUACAUAGCAAUUAGGUCUAACAUUGUCACGCAACUUGAAACAAGUUUGCCCAUGCCUGAUUGGACACAAUGUUUGUAUUUCAUCAACACCCUGACCUUUCUAAACAUUUACUGGUUAUUGUCUUUCAGAUUUACUUUGUGUGGGACUGAUAACAGACACCUUCUAUGUACUAUGAUUUGACACUAUAGCAUAUACUGUAUUACAUUAUUAGAAUAAAUAUGGUUGCUUAGUUCAAAAUAAUUUACUUUUUCUAGUUCAAUUUUUUCGGAUUCUGCAUCAUCAUGUAAGCAGAAGUGAUUUCAUUCUUUGUGUGUGAAAUUUGAUUGGAAGUAAUGGACAUUUUGUUCCUAUCACUUCCUUGGUCUUGUCACAGAUUGUCAUUGCAUUGCCCAGCCUUCAUCAAUAUACUGACCCAGUUUUUUAAUGUCAUACUUUGUUCCAUGAUUGUUCAGUUGCCAAAUACUAGUCUUCAUGUUAAAGCAAAUUCUGAUUUGCUUGUGAUACGAUUCUGAACAGGAUCAAAGUAUGGCUCAGCUACUUCCUUGGUUUCUACAUGUAAUCCGUGAGUUUUGUUUUUUAGUCAGUAUAGGUAUGUAUGUGUGAAUGUGUCAGCACUAAACCAAAGCCUUUAAACACCUGGUGACUUGGAGAUCUAGCCACUUGGUGAAGUCAUGUAGUGACCUGGUGUAGUCCUUUAGGAAUAUCAAAAAUAAAUUGUUUAACUCCAUUGGGAACUUUGUAUUUUCACUUUUUUGAAGAGAAGGUGUGACUUAGUCUAUCCAAUGCAACUAUAAAAAUCAAAAUGAGUUAGAAGUCAGCAACAUGAGUUUUUUUUUUUUUUUUUAAAGAUUUCUACUUCCAGCUAAAAGUUGCAACCCUUUUAGGAGUCUUGUUAUUUGGGCUGACUUUUUUUUUUACAAUGCAAUAGAAAUAAUUAUUAGGCAAUUUUAUAUUGCAAUAUUACUUUGUAUUACUCAGGAAAUAAGACAUUUAAUCAUUAAAUUUAGUGCAUAGUUAAAUCUUGUGAAAAAAAAUUAAAUGAUCAUCAAUGGCUAAUUCAGGCAUGGCCUUUGAUUUAGUUGCAAAAUUAUUUUCAUAGUAAAUUUUAUGGAGUGUAUAUUUGUUGAUUCAAUUAUUAGAAUGUUUCAUAAAGAAAUUUUUUUUGUUGCUUGUGCCUAUCAAAUCAAUUCUAUUCAUGUCUUGUAUAACAGAUUAAAACUUGUUGUUCAUGUAUCUAUUAUUGCAUUUCAAUUGUUUGUUUGUUUUUUUAGAAAAUUUAUUCAUGUGAAAUAAAAUGUAAUUAACAAAAACAAAACAUUAUGAAUAAAAUUUAUUUUUUUUCAAUGUAA